AUGGCUAUUUCCCCCUCCGUUCUCCCAAUCUCCGACCCUGAUUUCCCAACACUAGUAGAUUUUAUCUACAGCUCCAAAGUCGAUCUCGCAAUUAACCGUUUCCUCUACCGCGAUUGGCCAAACGAAUCCGCCCAGAAGCUGGUUUGCAGACAAGCCGUAGAGUCCAGUUUCAACGAUCCAGCAGCCCACUGCCUGAAAGCUGUGGAUCCCCAGUCUGGGGAUGUAAUCGGGUAUCUUGUACUUACGCGAAGAAAACCUGCAGAAGGUAGCUCGCCGAAGGAGGAAAGCACUGGAGGCCAAGAUGUCCCGGAGAGAAUGAACCCAGAAGUGUUCUCCACGCUUAUGCAGGCAGCGAAGGAGAUUAGUCAAGAGGCAGACAAGCUCGACUGCUUUGAAAUAACAUUUAUAUAUGUUAAGCUUUCGCAUCGCAAACUAGGCGUAGGCUCACGAUUAAUACAGGAAGCUCGCGCGAGGGCUAAAGCCGAAGGCAUUGCGCUUUCUCUCUGCUCCGAGCCUACAGCCUAUGAAUUCUAUGUGAAAAGGGGAUUUCAAGAUAUAAAGCAUGUCGAUAUUGACCUCUGUAGGUGGACGCCACCUUAUAGUGGCUAUGGUGUAUACCGAUAUACGGGAAUGGUGUUAGACUCUGGCAAAAUAUAG